AGGCGGCGGCGGCGGCGUUGGCGGGCUUGGGGCUCACACCCGCAUCCACGCCGGGCCUCAACGGCCGGACCACCCCCGCCAGGACACCGAAACAAUCCCUGAUUUCCUUCUCUGAGAUGCCCAAGGUUCCUCACAGUAGUUACCAAUAAGGAACUGAAAAGUGUGCCGCGGAGUAGGUUCUCAACCAGUCCAUCAGCUCAGGACUCCGAAAAAUAUUACUGAAAUUGGAGUUGGCCUACAAACUAGGAGCCCCAUGUCUUUUCUUGUAAGUAAACCAGAGCGGAUUAGGCGGUGGGUCUCGGAAAAGUUCAUUGUUGAGGGCUUAAGAGAUUUGGAACUAUUUGGAGAGCAGCCUCCGGGUGACGCUCGGAGAAAAACCAAUGAAGCGAGCUCAGAGUCGAUAGCACCCUCCCCGAAACGGGCCGCCAUGAGCAGCUUCCUGCCGGAGGGAGGGUAUUACAAGUUGCUCACCAUCAUAGGCAAGGGGUUUGAAGAGCUGAUGACGGUGAACCUGGCCAGAUACAAGCCAUCCGGGGAGUACGUGACGGUCCGCAGGGUUAACCUCGAGGCCUGCACCAACGAGAUGGUCACGUUCCUCCAGGGAGAGCUCCACGUGUCCAAGCUCUUCAACCACCCAAACCUCGUGCCCUAUCGGGCCACCUUCGUCGCCGACAACGAACUGUGGGUGGUCACGUCCUUCAUGGCCUACGGCUCGGCAAAGGAUCUCAUCGGCACGCACUUCACCGACGGGAUGAGCGAGCUGGCCAUUGCCUACAUCCUGCAGGGGCUGCUGAAGGCACUGGACUACAUCCACCACAUGGGCUACGUGCACAGGAGCGUGAAGGCGAGCCACAUCCUCAUCUCGGUGGACGGGCGGGUGCACCUGGCGGGCCUGCGCAGCAGCCUCAGCAUGAUCAGCCACGGCCAGCGCCAGCGCGUCGUCCACGACUUCCCCAAGUACGGCGUCAAGGUCCUGCCGUGGCUCAGCCCCGAGGUCCUGCAGCAGAACCUGCAAGGCUACAACGCCAAAUCGGACAUCUACAGCGUGGGCAUCACGGCCUGUGAGCUGGCCAACGGCCACGUCCCCUUCAAGGACAUGCCCGCCACCCAGAUGCUGCUGGAGAAGCUGAACGGGACGGUGCCCUGCCUGCUGGACACCACCACCAUCCCCGCCGAGGAGCUGGCCGUCGACGCGGCCCGCUCUGGAGCCAACUGGGGCCCGGGCGAGGGCCUGGCGGCCGGCGGCACGCGCCCCUCCAACGGGGACUCGCUCCCGCAUCCGUACCACCGCACCUUCUCGCCCCACUUCCACCAUUUUGUAGAGCUGUGUCUGCAGCGCAGCCCGGACCUGAGGCCAACCGCCAGCACCCUCCUGGGCCAUUCCUUCUUCAAACAGAUCAAGCGCCGCGCCUGCGAGGCCCUGCCGGAGCUGCUCCGCCCCGUCACCCCGAUCACCAGCUUCGAGGGCAGCAGUCAGCCCCAGGAUCCCAGUGGCAUCUUCGGGCUGGUGUCCAGCCUGGAACAGCUGGACGUGGACGACUGGGAAUUCUGAGCCCCCCAGGGG